CCGAGAAUGGAUACAAGGCAAGAGAGAAGGAAGAAGAGGAGAGAAGCUGUAGAGCAGAUGGUCAGAGAGGAUGAGGCUGAAGCGAUGCCUGGUAAAGGACGGUUCAGAAGGAUUUUCAAGUUCAAAUCCAGACUAAGGCAAGCUAAAGAGGAGAAGGAAUGGAGAGCCUCUACUAAGAAGUUGAUCGAGGGAGCGAGAAGACAGAAGAAAGAUAGACUUAAGAAGGAGUUUGAUUAUAAAGAGGAUAUAAAUGAACAAACCAAGUUCAGCAAAAGGCUUCUAAAAGCGUUUGAGAGAUAUAUUUUCAGAGAUUAUCUAAUCCUCUCUGUUACCAAUGGAUGGUUUGUGAGUUACUAUGUGUUCAGAAACCAUCCUCUGAGUUCCAAGUUUAUGGCAAUGUGGGGUGUACUAAUCUGGAACCUGAUGUUGUUCACAGGACCAAUCGAGAGCUAUUAUUUCAACUACAAUGCACUGAGAGAUAACGAAUACUCCUACCUCAUUAGACAGGACCAAGAUUUACCAAAGAGUUCAGAAGAGGAUUGAUUACUUUAA